UCACAUGUUAACCAGUACCAAUAUAUUUAUACUUUACUUUACUUAUAAAACAGUAUAACACCGGUGGUAAAAUCAUCAACUAUCAGUCUCACUCAAAAAAAAAAAAAAAAAAAAAACCAACCAGUGGCCACCAUGACUGGUACCCACAUUUUGGUCUUCCCAUUCCCUGCGCAGGGCCACAUGAUACCUCUCCUGGACUUCACCGAUCAGAUCAUCAGGUCCCACGACGCCGGCGAAAUCACCAUCACAAUCCUCGUCACCCCCAAAAACCUUCCUCUCCUCCACCAAAUCAUGUCCGUACACCCCUCCAUACAAACCCUAGUCUUGCCUUUCCCUUCCACUUCUUCCAUUCCCCUCGGCGCAGAGAACGCCAAGGACUUGACCAACCCCAUUUCCUUCCUCGCCAUGAUCCGGGCCCUCGGUGGGCUCCACGAUCCCCUGAUCAAGUGGUUCCGGUCCCACCCCUCGCCACCCGUCGCGAUCCUGUCGGACAUGUUCCUCGGGUGGACCCACCGCCUCGCCAAAGAUCUGGGCAUUCGCCGGAUCGUUUUCUCUCCGUCCGGUGCUCUGGCGCUCUCCGUCAUGAACUCGAUGUGGCGAGAAGUGCCUACAAGACGCGAUCCCAACGACCAAAACGAGGUCGUUUCGUUCGGCGAUGUUCCGAAUUGUCCGGAAUACCCUUGGUGGCAGCUUUCAGCAUUGUACCGGAGGUACGUCGGUGGAGACCCAGAUGGGGAAUUUCUCAGAGAUGGGUUCGUUGACAACUUGGCGAGCUGGGGACUCGUGGUCAACACGUUUGAUGAUCUGGAAGGAGUUUACUUGAAGCAUCUGAAGAAGGAAUUGGGCCAUAGUCGUGUUUGGGCUGUUGGGCCCGUGCAGCCCAUUGAGCAAUCUGAUCCCACCACAAGAGGUGGGUCCAGUUCAGUCUCUGUUGACAGCAUAAUAUCUUGGCUGGACAAGUGCGAUGACCACAAGGUUGUGUACGUUUGCUUUGGCAGUCAAGCCGUGUUGCGCAACGAUCAAAUGGAGGCCUUGGCUUUGGGUUUGGAGAGAAGUGGGGUCCGUUUUGUGUGGUCGAUCAAGGAGCCGACGGAAGCACACGUGGAGGGUGGCUACGGGAGGGUCCCACACGGGUUCGAAGAUCGUGUGGCGGGGAGGGGCCUAGUCAUAAAAGGGUGGGCCCCGCAGGUGUUGAUAUUGAGCCAUCGCGCCGUGGGCGCGUUCUUGACUCAUUGCGGGUGGAACUCGGUGUUUGAAUCAGUCACGAUGGGCGUGCCAAUGUUAACUUGGCCCUUGCGGGCCGACCAAUUCCUAAAUGCAACAUUGUUGGUUGUCCAAUUGAAGGUGGCGAUAAGAGUGUGGGAGGGGGUUCAAACUGUUCCUGAUUCGGUUGAUUUGGCUCGAGUUUUGGUGGAAUCAGUUAGAGAUGAUGACCAAGCUCUAAGGCAACGAGCUACACGGUUGAGUGAAGCGGCACUUGAGGCCACUGCAGAUGGUGGUAGUUCAGUCAAGGAUGUCGAGUCCUUAAUUGCCCAUUUGACUGCACUUGACACCACUGCUAAUAAGUAAAGUGCAAUUUUUUAGGAGAAAGGCAUAUGGCCGCCAUGAUUUAAUACAAGUUUGUUAUUUAUGUCUUUCUAAAUAUUUAAGUGACAUUCUGUUUUCUCUUUAUUUAUUAAAUAUUUUUAAAUAGAGUGGCAUAAUAUUUUUGAUUUUUUUCUC